AACGACUGCAUCCUCUGGGGUAUCUCACUCAUGGCACAGAAAAUACGGGAAGCUGACGAUCUUCUCAUGCACAUUCCAAAAGAAGGGAAAACGGUUCUCCCUAUUGAAGGGGAACGUAACAUCCUCAUAACAUCGGCUCUGCCUUACUGCAAUAAUGUCCCACACUUGGGGAAUCUGAUCGGCAGCUUGCUGAGUGCAGAUGUAUUUGCACGAAACCGGAAGACAUUCUAUGUUUGUGGUACCGAUGAGUAUGGAACUGCCACCGAGACACAGGCCAUCAAGGAAGGGUUAAGCCCUAAGGAGCUAUGCGAUAAAUAUAACGCCCUUCAUGUCGAGACAUAUAAUUGGUUCGAGAUAUACUUCGACUAUUUCGGUCGCACGUCGACGCCGGAACAUACCCAGCAAGUAUUCAGUUUUUUCCGCGUCUGUCAAGAAGCAUAUUUCCAUUUGAAAGCCAACGAUAUGCUUGAAAAGCAGGUCAAGCCGCAGACAUACUGCGAUGGAUGUGACAAAUUCCUCGCGGACCGAUUUGUUGAAGGGACAUGCCCCAAUUGCAAAUAUGAAGACGCUCGUGGUGAUCAGUGCGACCAAUGCUCACGGACCCUAGACGCCGUUGAUCUCAUCAACCCGCGUUGCCUCAUCUCUCCGAAGACCCACACGGUGACAACUCGUCCUUCAUCCCACAUGUACGUCAAGCUAGACCAAAUUCAGCCCCAGCUAGAAGAAUGGAUUAAAAAGAGCUGGAAGGAAGGAAAGUGGUCGCCAAACUCAGUGAUUAAUGUCGAUGGGGAGAUAACGGACGCAAGAUUGAAGACCGGGUUGAGACCAAGCCCAGUGACAAGAGAUCUCAAGUGGGGUGUUGAGGUUCCCACUAUUGACGACAAGGACGAGGAUGGUAUGAAGGGAAAGUUCGAUGCUCCAUUUGGCUAUGUCAGCAUGACCGCAGGAUACACCCCGGAAUGGAGGCAGUGGUGGUUCAAUCAGAAGAAUGUCCAACUCUACCAGUUUAUGGGGAAAGAUAAUGUCUAUUUCCAUACAGUGUUCUGGCCGGGUGUCUUAAUAGGCGACGGCCGAGAUUGGACACGAUUGCAUCAUGUUUCCAGUACCGAGUACCUCCAAUACGAAGCGGGAAAAUUCUCAAAGUCGCGUAAUAUCGGAGUUUUUGGACCUGGUGCCAAGGAGACUGGAGUUCCCGCAUCAGUCUGGAGGUUCUACCUAGUAUCAGCGCGACCAGAGACCGCAGACUCUACCUUUUCCUGGAAUGAAUUUAUUGCCAUCAACAAUAACAUAUUGCUUAACAACUUUGGCAAUUUCGUCAAUCGAGUGUUAAAAUUCGUCGUGGGCAAGUUCAAGGGUGUCAUUCCUGAGUCAGCGGAGGAGUCAGGACCCUUGAAGGAGGACGAUUUGGAUCCUACGUUCGUCCUGAAUGUCAACACGCUUCUCAAGGAGUACAUUGACUCCAUGGAAGCUGUGAAGCUUCGUCAUUCUCUUGGUGUCAUCAUGGCCAUAUCAGCGCGGGGCAACGAAUAUCUUCAACGAACUAAAUUCUUCGAUCUCUUCAAGACAGAUCGAGAGACUUGUGCCCGUGUGACUUCGAGAGCUCUCAACUUGAUUUGGGUGCUCUCCGCUCUCGUUCAUCCAUUCAUGCCUUCAACAACUACCUCAAUCUUGAAGCAGUUGAACGCACCUGCUCGGACAGUACCUAUAGAGCUCUCAAACGACCUUCUGGCGGGGCACACCUUGGGGGAGCCAGAAUAUCUCUUCAAGAAGAUAGACGAGAAGUGUGCGGAUGUAUGGAGAUCCAGAUUUGGCGGAGUCCAGGCUGCCGCGGCUGCGGUUGAAGUGGUUGUGGCAGACAAGACCUCGAAGAAAGACAAUAAGAAGAAGAAAGGUGAAGCAGGUACCGUUGAACUCCACGAGACCCAAGCCAGGGUCAUAAGCCCAAAGUCAAGAGAAGUCAUCGAGCUUGAGAAGCAGAUUCAAGUGCAGGGUGAUAAGGUGCGGAGAAUCAAAGCUAGAACUCCGCUAGAGGGUGAUGAAUCAUUCGAGGACGCGCUGGAAAAGUUGAAGAAGUUGAAGUUGGCGUUGCAGGAGGUUGGAUAAGUGGUUAGAUGCCUGUUUUAUUGUUGCAUGCCCAAUUUGUAAUGCCUUGUAGAUGCACGCGGAAUGUUCAGGUUGACACUAUUCAUUUACAGCAGGCGCG